UAGAGUUCAUUCUUAUCCGACUGUGAAAGCCGUGGAUUUCACAAUUGUGUUUAUUGUUUUGAUAACUUUAUUUACAAAAUGUCUGUAACACGCGCAUCUAGGUUGUUGCAAGCCAGGCUAAUACGGAUCCAGAGUGUUCCAGCAGUGUUUUAUCAUGAAAAUGUUGUAGAACAUUAUGAAAAUCCGCGGAAUGUGGGUUCACUGGACAAGAAAGAUCAAAGCGUGGGCACUGGCUUAGUUGGAGCACCCGCAUGCGGUGACGUUAUGAAGCUACAAAUCAAAGUGGAUGAAAAUGGUAAAAUUAUUGAUGCCAAGUUUAAGACGUUUGGUUGCGGAUCAGCCAUUGCUAGUAGUUCUUUAGCAACUGAAUGGGUCAAGGGCAAAACGAUUGAUGAAGCCGGAAAACUUAAAAAUACCGACAUAGCUAAAGAGCUCUGUUUGCCUCCAGUAAAGCUGCAUUGUUCCAUGCUGGCUGAAGAUGCUAUAAAGGCAGCGCUCGCUGAUUAUAAAAUAAAACAACAAGAGAGCAAAUAAAUUAAUUUGCCUUCAAAAACUAUGCUGUAGAGUUAAUUAUAGUUCAGAUCUGUUGUACGGUUAUAUUAUGGUUACUCAGUCGGACUAGUGUUUCCGCACUUUAAUCAAUUUAAAUUAUGUAUAUAUAUAUAGAAAUGCUUCAUGUUAAAAACGUUUGCCGUAAUAUUUUAUGAAUAAUCUGAAUAUCAAAAUCCUCCAAAACGCUGAAGAAAAUGUAAUGAAAUGGUAUAGAAAUUCUAAAAAAAAUUGUCUUAUAGAAAUAUAAGUGGAAAUAUACGAGUACAACUUGUGAAUUUGUGGACUUUCCAACUAUGUCUAGAUGAUAAGAGAUACGCAAAAGAACGAUUAAAUAUACAUUUAUUUCUUCAAUGUAA